UUUUGUAGUUGGUUAAGUAGUUUUUAGUUUAUAAAUUUAAUGAUAAUUUUUAGGUAAAAAGUGAUUUUUUUAAUAAGUGUGUAUUACCUGAAAUAUUUUAUAAUAUUUAGGUACAAAGUGAGUAUUAUACUAUAAGAUUUAUUUGUUUGAAGUCAUUAUCAAAUCCAAAAUAGUAAUAAACUUUUUCUCAAAUAAGCAAGGAAGAGAAAUUAAAAAAAUGCAAACAAAAAGACAAAGCCGGCCCCACAUAUAUAUUCUUUAUCAGAAGUACAAUCCAAUUAAAAGAAAAUCUUCAACGUUAGUUGGAACCCUCUAAUUUAGAAAUCAAAUCCAAUUUAUUAUGAAUAUAUAUGAACAUACUUAAGAAAAAUUAAGAUCUUAAGAUUAACAUUGCAUAUUAAGAACACUAACAUUAAAAAUGGCGUAUCAAGGUCAUUCCUUCACCCUAAUUUUUCUCUUGGCAACCCUAAUUUCACUUGGUGAAUCCAAUACCAACCGUAAGCUCCUGCAAACUCCCAAUAACUACCAACCACUAUAUUCUCCUCUUCCAUCUCCGGUCUAUUCUACCCCGGUUGAUCUUCCACCUUCUCCAAGUUCGGUUUAUUCUCCUCCUGCUGAUCUGCCUCCUCCUCCUAGUCAAGUUUAUUCUCCACCGGCUGAUCUUCCUCCUCUUCCUACUCCGGUGUAUCCCCCUCCGGUUGAUCUUCCUGUUCCUCCUACUCCGAUCUAUCUUCCUCCUCAAGCUUACAAAGCCUUCUAUUAUAGAAAAUCACCACCACCACCACCACCACUUUCCCGCCAAUGGGUUGUGAAGCGUUAAAACUUAAGUGCAUUAAAAAUGUAAUGUACGCUUUGAUGUCUCUUAAUAUCCCCGAGGUUUCUCCCAUAUAAUUCAAUCGCCGCUUAUUUUGUUUUUGUUUUUGUUUUUGUUUUGCUCUUUUGUAGAGCGAGUGAAGUUAAUUUGAUCCAUGCAUUAACGAUUUGUUUAAUUUUUGUUGUUGUUGUAUGUAUUGGCUCUUUUCAGUUUGUAGAAUUAUUAAACUUUCUCCACUAACUCAACAUAAUUUACGCAUGUCUUUGUUGAUCGACUAAGUCACUAAUGACUUGUUUGUUAAUUUUACAAAUCGUAAAUUUUCAUCAUAAACAUAGUUGGCAAUAUAGUAGACGGAAGAUGCUUUUACAUAGUAAACUACAUCCAAUUCAUUUUCAGUAUUGAGAUAUACCAACAAUAAGUUUUACUUCGACUGUAAUGUAAUGAAGCAACCUUAAUGAAAUAAGAAAUUCAAAUGUGUAUAUCAUAUAGGGAAAAUAAAUGAGUAUCUCAAUAUGUGACUGACUGUCUAUAUAUACUAUUUAUUGUUAGGUUGUUCCAUCUUCUAAACAAAACACUCAGAGAAGAUCGUGAGAGACUGUACAUAUUUACUCUUCUCUGGUUGGAAAAAUAAUUAUGUAAUAAAAGUCAUAGAACUCACAUUUGGGUUAAAAAAAAUAACACUCAUAAAUUUUUUUUUUGUUAUAAAUUCUUAACGACACAAAGGAUGAUAACAGAACAAAAUGUAGACUCAGAGAAUGUUUAUUUCUGGUCUAAAACUGUAAAAGUGUGUAAGAGACAUAUCAACAACAAUAAUUAAAAGUAGGAGUGGAGACAGAUCAAAUAUCCGAAUUUUUUGUUCGAGUAAUCAAAUAUCUGAUCCGAUUCGAUUUGUAGCUAUGUGGAUAUUCGAUGUUCCAGAUAUCCAAAAAAAAUUUAUAGUUUUAAUUGGAUAUUAGAUUCAAUCCAUACAUAUAAAAUAAUUUUUUAAAAAUAACUAAAAAUAAUAUAUUAUUACAAAAAUAAAAAUUUAUAUAUUUUAAAGUUCUAGUAACUAAUAUGAUAAUUUUAUAAACAAUAUUAUAAGUAACCAAUAUGUAUAUAACGGAUCGGACUGGAUAUUCGUUCUUACAAAUAUUAGUAUUUGUGAUUUAUUUUGUUUCCUACAAAUAUUGAAUAUUAGCAUUUGUUUUGAUUCGUAAUGUUACUGAUAUCCAGAUUUUUCGGUUCGAAUCAAAACGGAUAACGAAUCAAAUCAUAAUUGUGGAUAUUUUUUCCAACCCUAUAAAAGGACUAUAUGUGAUGAUAACAGCAAACAUGUCAUCAACAACAGUCUGAAAUCUAAGCAAAUCUCUUUUUUUUCUUUUCCAUUUAAAUAAAUUUAUCUCACUUACUCUGACCUUUCUUUGCUUCAUCUUCAAAACUUCCAUCUCCAUCUUGUUCAAAAAGGGAAAAAAUAAUAUAAAAUAAUAUUUUUAAGAAUAUAAAAUAAAUAAAAUAAUAAUAUUUUAUUACAAAAUAAAAAUUCAUAUAUUUUUUAAAACCCUGGUAACUAAUAUAAUAAAUUUUUAAAAUAACAAAAUUAUAAAUAACCGAUAUGUAUAUAAUGGAUCAUACUGGAUAUUCGUUCUUAAAAUAAUUAAUAUUUUUGAUUUGCUUUGUUUCCUACGGGUAUUGAAUAUUAGCAUUUGUUUUGAUUCGUAAUAUUACUAAGAUCCAGAUUUUUGGGUUCGAAUUGAAACGGAUAUCCAAUCGAAUUAUAGGUUUUAAACCCCUUUGUGAGAUCUUUUUUUCAGGUGACUGGUCUUGCAAAACUUCAAGGCAAAGACGAUCUUGCUUCCUCGGUAAUGCUCAUAUUCCAUUGGGAUUUAUAGCUCUUAGCCGAACAUUUCCUGAAUCAUUUUCUCGUUUUUCAGAUUGUGGGAACACCAAACAUGUGCCCUGAACUUCUUGCAGAUAUACCUCAUGGCUACAAAUCUGAUAUUUGGUCUUUAGGUUUAUUCUCUUCUUGAACUUACAUAAUCCUUAGAACUUCUAGUUUCUUGAACUUGUUCUUGAUUUCUCUGAAAGAUUUUUGAUUUACAGGUUGUUGUAUGUUUGAAGUAGCUGCACAUCAACUUGCCUUCAAAGCUCCUGUAAGAACAUUUCUCAUUAUGUGUUUGUGUUAAAUCUGAAGUCUCUUUUGAGUUUUUUGAAAAUUCUGUUUCUUGGAACCAAGACAUGGCUGGACUCAUCAACAAGAUUAAUCGCUCUUCUCUUUCUCCCCUCCCGGUCAUGUAUACAUGUACAUUUAGAUUGUUUCCAAGUUUUUGAGUGUUGAAAUAUUAACAGUUUCUAAUAUGCUUUUUUUCCAAAAAAGACUGCUUAAACAUAUUCAAGCAGUAGCAGAAAAAGUAGAGGAAAGAGAUAAUAGAAAAAAAAGAAUACAAAUGCAAGUUCAAAAGAUAUAGAGAGACUAGGAAAGACCUAAGAGAUGUCAUUGAUUAUAGCACAUUAACCCUACUACGUGAAUAUCAGAAGAAGAGCCUGAGAAGCGAUGAGAGAGCAGAAGCAUUGGAAUCUUUGUUGGAGCUUAUGCAGGUUCACUUAGGCAAGAAAAGUUUGAAUAACUCAGAAGGAGUUUUAAAGCCUUUUGGAGAUGAAUCAGUUUCAUCAAGGGAAAUCGCGAUUUGGCUCACCAAAAGUCUCAUGAAUGUAAAGAGAAAGCAAAAUGAUAAUGAAACCAAUCCUUAGAAAGAAACACUAACCACAACUUUUUCAUGCAGCCAUUUUGUGUAUUAAAGACAUUAUUAAUCACAAAGCAAUAAAUUUAUUGAUCAGAUUCAUAAAAUCUGUUCAACGAGCGCUUAUAUAGGACACUAUUAUUAUUAUUAUUAUUAUUAUCAUAUCAUAAAAGUAUUAGUGUAAUAUCUUAUACAAUGAGAAUAUACAUCAAAUUGGGUUAUUUGACAAAAUUAUUUUGCAUAGAUUCUAAGGAACCUAUCAUAACAAAAAAGAGUUUUGUUCUCGUAGAAGGCCCUCCUCAAUAUAUAUAUAUUUACUGCAAGAGAAGAGCCAAGAAGGCGGAGAGUGAUGCAGCAACGAUGGAGCCAACCACCGGAAAAGCCACGGUGGCAGAGGAAGCACCUGGUGCUGGUGCUGGAGACUCCAUGGUAGCCGCUGUGGCUGAGCUCACUAGCACAACCGAGACAAAGAGGGCGACAAAGAAGUUGUUGAUAUUCUUCAUUGCCAUUAUUUCUUUUUUGUUUAUUCUGUGGAUGUUAGUUU